AUGAGCUGGCUGCGCUCCAAGCUGCGUCUGGUGGCAGCGCGUGCGUCAGAUGCGCUAGCCCAGGCGGCAGACAUGGUGGCGCCGACGCUGUACGAGUCGCGCGUGGAUGAGUUCCAUCACCGCUGGACAACUGUGGCGCGCUUCCUCGAGUCCGUGCUAUCGCGUGACUUGGAGCCAGCAGAGCAGCGACGACUGCUACUUGAGAGUCACACCCGCGACUCGCUUCUCAAACUGGUGCUGCUCAUCUACGAGGAGGAGAACAACUCAGAUCGCUGGGAGAUGGUCAUGGCGCGCCCCAAGGCGGCAGCCGAGGAUGCAGCCAGCGCUGAGCCCCGAGCGCGCUCCCGCUCUCGCGCACAGUCACAGACGCCGUUGUCCCCGGAGCAAGUAGAGCACGCGUCGCACGAAUGUCUCGAGUAUUUACUAGAGAAGCAAAUCAUCCCUCAUCUGUGCGAAGUGGGGCGAAGAGACCAGCCUUGCGGUAUCAUGUCGCUCGCCAUGCAGUUCGUGGGUGCGCUGCUCAGUCGCGUGAGUUACCCUAUUCUACCCACACGUGAGGUGCACGUGUCUGUGGUGGCUCUCAUCCAGGCAGCUGCACGCAAGGAAGUGGAGGACCCAACUGUACGCAAAUACCUCAUCAGUCUGCUCAAUAUCCUAUGGAAGAAAUUACGAGGAGACCCCGUACAGACCGAAUUCUUUUUCCUACAUGCCGAUAGACUCAUGAUCCGCACCACCGACAUGGCAACCAAGUCAGAUGGCAACACUCGACUUCGAUCGGCCAGUGACGACCCGUUCCUUCAUCUCCACAACCACCACACACAGAGUGAAGUACCAGAACUUAUUCUCUUUACGGGACUGCUGCCACAUAUGUAUGCAGUUGGAAAAAUUGGAGAAAAGUGUCGUGAAGCUCUGGUCAUUGCGGCGGCGGUGCAUGAUAAGGCUUUAUGUCGCUUCGUGUUGCAGCUCACUCCGUUCUGUCACUACGCAGUCAACGGCGUCAUUUCAGCCUUUGAUGCUCUUCCCAAGACUCUGGCGUCAACAGCGAAGACUCCGGCUGCAGCUGCGAGCCCGUCGGAUCCCGAUGCAAACAUGGAGGUGGAGCUGAGUUUCCUCGCUGUGCGUCUGCGAUUUUGCUGUACACUUGCCAUGGUGGCUCGAUAUGAGUUGGAGGAAAAAGACGAAAUCACUGGGGAGCUGCAGCGCCGCUCCAUAGCCGACGAGCUGCUGGAUCAGUUCCGGUCUCGUUUCUUGGAAGGCCCACUACUUGAAGGACUGCUGCAUACGUCAGAGGCUGCGGCUUGUGCUGCUACUUUGUAUGCACGUAUUAUCCUGGAAGAACUCACAGCUUGUGGCCGUGAUACGCGUGCGAACCCGCUGCUUUUCAUUUAUUUACAGUUUCUUCUAGAGCGUACACCUGCGUCAACUAAAAGAUCUUCAACGAAGCCGAUUACAGCGACUAUGGAAGAAGAAUCAGCUGUGUCUGAACCUGAAACACAAGCAGAGGACUCAUCCGUAGCACAGCAGCUUCCAUCCGAGUUACUACGACACAUGGACUCCCUUUCGAGCUCUUUGUGCAUUGCUACGAUCGAUUUGUUCACGAGUGUGCUGGAGUUACAGGAUGAGUACGCUGACAGUGUACUGCUAGGUGCUCUGAACAAACCGGAGAGCAGUGCCGAGAGUGGAAGCGAGUCCAGUCCGCGCAAGCAACGACCCACAACUUCUUCGUUGCUGAGCCCGAAUGCUCCUGCCAACGGUGCGAUCUGGUUCGCAUCACGGUUCCCUGAUUCCUCUGUAGCGGCGAAUGUCCAUCUGUGGAAAAUCCGCGCGUUCACGGGCCCCGAAGAUACUGGAGAGGAAAUCCCGGCAGCUGACGACCAAGAAGACCAAGUGCUGUCGCUGCUAUCGUACAUAGCUGAUGCCGAGUACGCUGCUUGUCAACGCGGUCCUGAAGAGCUGGAUGACUCAGACGAUUCUGAUGCCGAUUUCCAAGAAGAAACAGCAGUUGUAGCAUCGGAAGGUACGGGAAACGCUCCUCCUUCUGCUCCUGUGGCUGCCAACGCGACAUCUCCGUCAAGAGGAUCUUCCAGUCGCACGGCAGCUACACGCAACGCCAUGAAACCACUACGUGAUGUGUAUCUAAGCAUCAGUUUGCCUUCUUUCUCGCCUGCGGAGCCCGCUGUUCUACGACAGCGGUCACAGUCGCAGUUCUUACAGAGACUAACCGUCGACGAAGGCUCCAUGCCGCUCUUCCUGCGCAUCGUGCUGAGUCGCGUGGAGCGAUUAUUGGAGAACUCGUUCCAGGAGAAUUUGGCGCUGUCAGGCCUGAUCUAUUCGCUCGCUCAGAAGUCUCGGUGCUCCGCUGUGGUGUUCGACCUGGACGAGACUCUACCAACAGGUCAGAGUCUGCGUAGUAUCCUUGAGGAAGUGUACGCUGAUGCCCUACGUCGCUUGAAUCGCCUACCCAAUGGUGCAUCACAGCUGCAAGUAUUGCGCAAGAAACUGGUGGACGAGGACAACGACGCAGCACUGAACGACCACGAGGCGGAGACGCGGCUGUUGUGCGGCUAUGUGGUGCUAGACGAGAUCCUGAAGGAAUUGUGCUCGCUUCUGUUUGCUCGCGAGCGUGUUAAGACGCUGCCUCUCAAGCCUGAGGGCUACUAUUUAGAGCCCAAACGCACCGGAUGCGUGUCUCCUUCCUCGGUGCUGCAGCGCGAGCGAGCGCUCUCGAGUGAGACGCUCUUCUCCGACGAAGGUUCACAGCUUGACUCAGCUUCGCCUCGUAAACAGGGCAGUAUCGGGAAGGAGUUUGAGGAGCUCCUAGCUGAAGCCCAGUCCAGUAUGGAUGACCUGCUUGUGGGACCUGCAGUGACGCCUGCUUUAGAAACGGAACUGGAGACGCAGAUUGUAUAG